AUGCCUGGGAUCUCAAUUGAGAAUGAAGUCAAACAUGAUAAUCCAUCGACUAUCUCUCGAGAUGUCGUCACCGAGUCUAGCGGAGAAGAGAGCCGGUCAGCUGCACCACCACCCAUCUUCAACGAACAGACAAAUUAUGUCCCAUUGAGCACUAUCAUUACGAUAUUCCUAGCCUGCUCGACAGUUGAUUUCGUAGCGGUCAUGGACCAAACCACUCUAGCCGGGAGUUUAUCCAUAAUCGGCAAUACAUUAAAUGCCAGCAACAAGACCUCCUGGAUAUCAGGAGGGUAUUUUGUAACAUCAACCUGUUUCCAACUUUUAUACGGACGACUCUCUGACAUCUGGUCCCGAAAAUACGUCCUAUACAUAGGUCUCGCCAUUAUGUUCAUCGGAUCCCUGGCAUCAUCUCUAGCACAGACCGCCACGCAACUCAUCAUUUUCCGCGCCUUCACCGGCAUGGGCGGCGGCGGAAUUACGUCCAUCGCGCAGAUGAUAGUCAGUGACGUGGUUCCACUCCGCGAGCGAGGUAAAUAUCAAGGCAUUCUUGGUGCAGUAAUAGCUAUUGCCAACGGAAUCGGCCCUGUGAUUGGCGGUGCUCUAUCCCCGAUAUCCCACAACUCGUGGAGAUGGAUCUUCCGACUUAUGCUGCCACUCACGGCUAUCUCAAUCCUCGCUGUGAUGUUCUUCAUGCCUUUGCGGAAGGUCACCGGUAACUGGAAAGCGAAGCUGAAAGCUGUCGAUUUCUUCGGCGUCUUUCUAGCUCUAGGAGGCACGGCGGUGCUUAUGCUCGGAUUGACAUGGGGUGGUGGCGAGUAUGUCUGGAAAUCGGCACAUGUUAUAGCAACGCUCAUCGUGGGGGCUGCAGUGUGUGUGGCUUUUGUCCUGUGGGAAUGGAAAGGUCAUCCGUAUCCGCUGAUACCUAUGCAUAUCUUUAAAUCUCGCAUUGUGAACGGCGCGUGCCUGACCAUGUUCAUCAACGGGUGGAAUAUCAUAGUCAUGCUUUACUACAUUCCGACUUUCUAUCAGCUUGUGUUCGGUUAUUCGACUACCAAAGCUGGUGCCAUGGUAUUACCCAUCACAUUGUUGCAGACCCUGAGCAGCACCUUCUCCGGCCUAAUCGUCCACUGGAUCGGCCGAUAUCGCGAAUCCAUCCUCGUCGGCUGGAUGAUCUGGGCCAUCGGACUAGGCCUGAUGUCGACUCUGAACGAGACAUCCAAUCUAGGAAAGCAGAUAGGCUACGGUCUCUUGACAGGUAUAGGUUCAGGGAAUACAUUACAGCCUAACCUCAUUCCGAAAGUACAUCCAUCCCCCCCCACCCUCCACAUCUAUCCCAUCUCCUACCCACUAACACCGACCACCAAAUACAGCUUCAUCCGCAACCUAGGCGGCACCCUCGGCCUCGCUGUCUCGGGCACAAUCAUAAACAACCUCCUCUCCACGUCCAUCACCUCCCUCCACCUAACCACUGCACAAAAGCAAUCCUUCCUUGCCAGCCCAUCCAACUAUCUGUCUAAACUCCCCGCCGACGAAGCAGCACAUGUUCGUGCGCUGCUUAUCCCCGCGUACAAAGAGGGAUUUAGGAUCGUGUUUACGGUGAAUGCGGCGCUCGCGGCGCUGGCUUUCUUCUUGGCGGUGGCGUUGAUGCCGCAGGUGAAGUUGGAGAGGGCGGAUGAUGAGCGGUUGAAGGAGGAGGGGAUGAGGAGGAGAGAGGAGCAGAGAGAAGGGGAGGAUUAG